AUGAAAAGAAAAAGAAAAAAAAAACAACUAGGUGAUGGUGAAUAUAUUAUUGAUGAUAUGCUUGAAUCGAAUUAUGAAAGUGAUGGAGAUGAACUUAUUAAUGAAAACAAUUUACCAAAAGAAAGUGAUGACGAAUAUUUAUAUGAUCAAGAAUUAAAAAUAUAUACCGAUGAAGAUAUUGUAAAAGAAGAUCAAAUUUUAAAGGACGAAGUUUAUAGUGGUGAUUCAGAAUUUCUUGAAGAUGAUUAUACAUUUGGACGAAAAAGAAAAAAAAGAAAAACAAAAAAAAAUGUAAAAAAAGAUAAAAAAAUUAUUAUUAAAAAUGGAAAAAAUAUUUCUGAUGAAAAUAAAACCGCCAAUACAAUAAAUCAAAAUAUUUCAAAUGAUAAAAAAAUGGCUAGUCAAUUUGAAGAAAAAAAUAAUGCCCCUUCAACAGUUGAAAUGCCAAACAUAGUAAGCGAAGAAAAUGAAAUGAUUAGAAUUGAACCAGGUGAUAAAACAAUAGAUUUAAGUAAUGAAGAUAUGAAAAAAUAUGGAAAAGUAAUUAACAAAAUUAAACAAAGUUUAGACAAAGAAAAUAUAAAAGUAGAUACACAAUCUAUUAGUAAAAAUAUUGUAGAGAAUGUUAUAAGGAAAUAUAAAAAUAAAUUAGAUAUAAAAAUGAAAUUAUUUUCAAUUUGUAGUAACUUAUUAAGACAUGAUAAUUCAGAGUUGAGAAAAAAAAUAUUAAAUGGAGUUAUACAUUCUAGUGAUUUGGCAAAUAUGGAUGCAUCUGAUUUAGCUCCUAUAAGUUUACAAAAUAAAAGAAAAGAACAUGAAAAAAAAUAUUUUUAUGAAAGUAUUUAUUUACGUGAAAAUUAUAUAAAUAUAAAAAAUGCUAAAAAUAAUGAAGAGGAAUAUUAUCAGCCUAAUAUAUUAUAUGAUGAAAAACUUAACCAAAAUGAUGACCAUUCUAAUAAAAGAAAUAACACAAGUAGAAGUCGAAGUAAUUCUAGUAAUAUAAGCAGUAAUGUAUCUAAUUUUGAUAAAACUGAUAAAACAAAUGAAUCUUAUAAUGAUAAAAAAAAUGUUUUAUUAGAAACUGUUGAUAAAAAUAAUAAUGGCGAAAAAAAUGAAGCAUUCUCUCAACAAAUUAGUAAUAAUAAUUUAUCGAAUAUUAAAGAAAAAAAAAGAAAAAAAUCAAAAGAUGAAGAAGAUGAUAAUAAUACUUAUAUAAUACCCUCAAUAGAAAAAUAUGCCCUUGAAAAUACUUAUGAAAAUUUAAAAGCUGCUUAUAAAAAUAUGCCAAAAUAUGCUUCUUCCCCUAUCUUAACAUUUUUAGAUAAUUCAUAUAAUAGGGUUCUUUCAAUAAUCGAAGCAAGUAAAAAUGAAGAAUUAUAA